AGCAAUGUUGUGGUUACCUGUCAUUCAUCUACAGACUGUACGCUAGAAGUAUUACCUAUUUUACUUGCGAAAUUUUUAGAACAGAGUAAGGGUGUUCUCUUUGUCGUUUAUUUAGGUUAACAUCAUUAACAUGUAUUUGACACACACGUCGUACAUUUUUUUAAAUGUUUUAAUUAGUGUAAAUACAUGUUAAGUCAUUAUUAGAUUGGAUAAUACGUUUUGAACUGACACGUUAAUGUAUUGUAGUCAUUAUUCAAGACAGUAUUUAUAUUUUGUUUUGGAAAUUUGACCGGAGUCAUUGACAAGGUUUCCAAGCAGGAAAUUGAACUCCUAUUUGCCUUUUACGGCAAUUUAAAUUUUAAAUCACAUUCAACAGCGACCAAUCAAAUGCAAGAAUUGAAUAUAUGGUAUUAAAUUAUUCAUCGCUGACCUCUUGUUUCAAGUAUGUUUUGAUGACUGAGACAUCAUGAAAUAUGGAUUCAGAAACACGACAUUAUUUUCAUAGACGAUUACCCCAAACAGCUUCUACAUGGCUGCAUCGUGGGAUGCCAUACUGUAACAUGCCAUGUUACAGUUUGUUGUUUGGUCCUGGUGGCUAUGGUCGUGGGGGAGUUGAGUCUCAUCAAAAACUAGGCCAUCAAUCUUCCCUCACAUCUGACCAAUUAGCUUUAAGGAAAGAGUUGCAGCCCAAAUUACAAGUUUAUAAUAACUACUACGAAGGUGAUAAGAAGAAAGCAUUGCAAUUAUCUAGUAAAGAGGCAAAUGGAAAGUUGAUUAUUGAAGGAGUGUUACGUAUCUACUGGGGUUUAAAGAAUCAUGUCACUCUGGCUCCACUUUAUAUGAAAAAUGGUGCAGCUCUGAAACUUUUUCAUGUACAAAAUUCUAAGUCAUCAAAAAGUGAAACCAUGAAGAACAGAAAUACUAGCUCACUUGGAGAUGCAAAAGUCAGUUAUACUCUUGGAAGAAUGCCUUCAAAGCCUCUUUCAAAUUCUGAGCCAUGUGAUGAAAAAUUAGCUCGUCGACACACAGUGAGCUCUACAGAUCGAAGAAAGAGGUUGGCUAAAAUGUCUUUACAGCCGACAAGAUUUAUUCCAACCUAUGGAACAUCAACUAAUCUUAGAUUGACCAGUAAGAUUUGCACACCAGAUGUUGUGAAAAUGAUUCUGACAAAAUUUCAGAUAACUGAUCCUGUCGAUAAAUUCUCAUUGUUUGUGAAAUAUGAAAAUGGAGAAAUCAAGCGACUUGGAAAUAAAGAUGGUCCUUUGAUGGUUCGACUUCGUCUUGGUCCUGCUGAGGAUAUAGCAAAAAUUUUCAUCAUGGAAGACAUGGAGGAAAACACUGUCGGACGAGAGAACAAGAAGGAAUCUAAGAAAAGAAAAGCAGAAGAAGAUAUUGAUGGAGAAAGAGCAAAGAAAGUAAAAUGUAAAAGCAAAGAAGAAAUAGAAGUUGGCAUUUCGGAAAAAGAAGGGAAGUUAAAGAAAUUUAGAAUAAGUAAAAAGACAAGAAAGGUGUUAAAAGAACGUGGAAUAAAGUUUUUAUUUCCUAUUCAAGCAAAAACUUAUGAUCUGAUAUAUGAUGGACAUGAUGUUAUUGGCAAAGCACGAACUGGUACAGGAAAAACUCUUGCAUUUGCCUUACCUGUCAUUGAAUUACUUCAACAAAGUGAAACAUCAUCAUUAAAACGAAGACCACCCAUGGUACUAGUUAUGGUGCCUACAAGAGAACUUGCUAAACAGGUCAAUGAUGAAUUUGAAGCACUGAAAUCAUCUCUUUGUGUUCACUGUAUUUAUGGCGGAAUGCCUUAUGCUCCCCAAGAAUCAGCCAUUAAUUCUGGCUUGGAUAUUCUUAUUGGUACACCUGGAAGAAUCUUAGACCAUAUGAAAAGAGGCAACUUAGAUUUGAGCAAACUGAAACAUUGUAUCCUGGAUGAAGUGGAUCGAAUGCUUGACAUGGGCUUUCAAGAUUCUGUUGAAGAGAUUUUAUCUGGUUCAUAUACUUCGGAUUCAUCCCAAAAACCUCAGACGUUGUUUUUCUCAGCAACCCUUCCACCUUGGGUACAAACUACUGCAAGAAAAUAUAUGACCAAAGAUCGCCAUCUCAUCGAUGUUAUUGGAAAUGAAAAACAACAGGCAGCAAUCACAGUUGAACACAAAGCAAUAAAAUGUCCUUAUCAUGAAAGAGCGUCAACAAUUGGUGAUGUUAUUCAGGUUUAUUGUGGUGCACACGGUAGGACAAUUGUUUUUACUCAAACCAAAAAAGAAGCUAAUGAACUUGUAUUGGAUUCAAUAUUGAAACAGGAAGCACAAGUACUACAUGGCGACAUCCAGCAAAAACAAAGAGAACUUACGUUAAAAGGAUUUCGUGAGGGCAAGUUUCGGUGUCUCGUUGCAACAGACGUUGCAGCUCGUGGUUUAGAUAUUCCUGAAGUGGAUUUAGUUGUGCAAUGUGAACCACCUAAGGAUGUUGAUGCAUACAUACACCGUUCAGGAAGAACAGGACGUGCACAGCGAAGGGGUGUGUGUAUCAUCUUUUACAAACAUAAUCAAGAAGGCCUAUUACAAAUGGUUGAACAUAAAGCAGGAAUUAAAUUUACAAGGAUUGGUGCCCCUCAACCUGAAGAUAUAAUUAAAUCAUCAGCGGAGGAUGCUAAAAGGUUUCUUGCCCAGGUCCCUAGAGACGCUCUCGUAUUUUUCCGAGAGGCUGCUGAAGCAUUGAUUGUGGAACGUGGUGCUGUGGAUGCAGUAGCUGCUGCGUUGGCUCAUAUUUCUGGAACAACUGAAGUACAAUCUCGUUCUUUAUUGUGUUCAGAGAAGGGUUACACGACAUAUAUAUUGAAACAAGAAAAAAUGGAGUUGAGGUCUACAUCUUACAUGUGGCGAGUUAUCGAAAAUAAUUUAUCAUCGAAAAUCAAGGCAGAAGUAAAGGGAAUGUCAAUGUUGCUUGACCGAUAUGGGGUUGUCUUCGAUGUACCAAGUAGUUUUGAUGAUGAAAUUGAAGCGUCUUGGACGAAGCCAAGGGGUAUUACCAUAGAAAAGGCAAAGGAAUUGCCUGAGCUUAUUGCUCGUACAAGGAAUAUCUCAAAUGUUGGAAGAUUUAAUUCGAACGGAUUUCGCUCUAACAGCUAUUAUGGUCGGUUUAAUUAUAAUCACGGUGAUCGAAAUGAUUGGAGGAAUGGAAAUGAUACACGAAAUUUUCAACAAAAUGGCAAAAAAUAGGACAAAGUAAAAAAUAUUGAAAAUA